CAGGUUGGAAUGACAUUAUGUCGUCCUGGUGACAGCAGAGUGUGAUCAUGGGAUUUAGAAGAGGGUCACCAUGUGCCAUAAUCUGUCCAAAUAUACCCCGAUUUUCCUCUUCCUCACACUGUCUGGCAUCAUCUUCCUGCUGCGGAACAUCCACACAGUAGAGAACUGGAACUGCCAAGCGAUUUCAUCUUUCUACCAACUGCAGAGCAGGAUCCAUUCAUCCCUCAGUGUGUCUCCUUUCUAUCACAACCACACCUACUGUACCCAUGUGGGCCAGAAACCCUCCCCUGAGGAUGAACUUGAGGAGCGGUACCUGUUGGAACUCAUCAGCUGGCCCAGCCCUCCGCCUCACUCUGGACCAACCACCCUGAGGCAGACGAGCGACCCUGUCCACAGCCUGUUCGCAAUACUUCCCACUAAAGAAGGAAGGGAGUGGCACGUGGGCGAUCAGCUAGAGGCCCUCAUCCAGAUGCACAACUUCCAGGGUCGUCCUAAACGCUACGGCGGGGAUUUCCUUCUGGCCAGGCUGCACUCUCCGGAGCUUGGAGCGGCCGUGGUUGGGCAGGUGGUUGACCACAAGAAUGGAUUUUAUUCUGCUCUGUUCCCACUCCUGUGGGUGGGCUCUGCACAGGUUGAAGUCAUGUUGGUGCACUCCAGCGAGGCCGUCGCUGUGCUGCGACGACUCAGGGAGGAACGGGCCGAUCGGGUGUUUUUUAAGAGCGUGUUCCGUUUAGGCCUUUUGUCAGAAACUACUGUGUGCAACCUGUGCUUGCCUACCAACCAUCAGCCUCUUUGCAACUACACAGACCUUCACACAGGCGAGCCCUGGUACUGCUACAAGCCCAAGGUGCUCAGCUGUGACACCAGAAUCAACCAUGCUAAGGGAGGCUACUUGAAAAACCUCAUCACCAACAAAGAAGCGCUGUUAUUCAAAAGUGGUGUAAAUCUCAAAGUUUACAUACACGCUUCAGGACCUGAUAAAAUCAACGUGCUGCCACAGAAAGAUAAAGUGGAGGAAGAAAACAGCACAGCUAAACCAGAACAUAUUCAGCUAGAAACAUCUGGAUAUUACUACAUGGACUCCUGGAGGCCAUUAGAUGGAUUUACGAUGCGUCAGUUCAACAAAUCAUCAGCAGCUGUACAGUGUUUGAAGAACAAAGUGAUCAACAUGUACGGAGACUCUACUGUGAGACAGUGGUUCGAGUAUCUCAUUGGUUUUGUACCAGAAUUAAAGGAGUUCAACCUAUACAAUCCCAAAAAGGUUGGGCCGCUCAUGGCGGUGGACAGCACACAUAAUAUUCUCUUGAAGUACCGCUGCCACGGCCCUCCAAUCCGCUUCUCUACCGUCAUGUCCAGCGAGUUGCGGUACAUUUCGAAUGAGCUUGACGGCCUCUCUGGGGGCCCCAACGUGGUUGUGGUCCUCAGCAUCUGGUCCCACUUCAGCACCUUUCCUGUGGACAUAUACAUACGGCGUCUUCGGCACAUUCGACAGGCGCUGGUGAGACUUAUAGACCGAGCGCCAGGGACGCUAAUAGUGAUCCGCUCAGCCAAUCUUCAAGCCCUGGAUCAGGAGGUGAGCCUUUACAACAGCGACUGGUACUCCCAGCAGCUCGAUCAGGUGCUCAGGACCAUGUUCAAGGGGCUGAACGUUCUGGUGGUGGAUGCCUGGCAAAUGACUUUAGCUCACCAUUUACCUCAUGCCCUCCAUCCUCCUCCACCUAUCGUCAAGCAAAUGAUAGACAUGCUUUUAUCUUAUAUUUGCCCCGAGAGGAAAAAAAGCCAGAAAUAGUGAUGAUAGUGGAUAUAUUGUUAAAUGUGAUGUGUGAAUCCAUCCGUCAGUUUCUAACACAUUUUUGUUUGGGUUCAUAAGAACUCAUAUAUUUUUCUAAAACACAAACUCUUCAAAUACUGAAGAUUUGCUUUCCUGCUAUUUUUUUUUUUUUUAAUUCCUACAAAACAUGUUUUACUCUGAUUUCCAAAGACUUUGGCACAAUGAUUGUUAAUUCUCAUCUUUGGGUAUUACCAAAGUUUUCUUCAUGUGCAUUAUUUUAAUGUACAGAGGGGUUCAAAUAAUUGUUGAACACAUCAUCAAUUUUCUAAGUAAAUGUGUUUCUAAAGGUAAUCACCAGAUGUUGGUCAACAACCAUUCCAGUCCACACAUGCAAAGAAAUCAAACCGUAGAUUUAGAUUUGAAAUUAAGUUAUGUGUAAUAAUGAGAAAUGACAAUUGGGGUCAUUGGCUUGCUGAAAUGUGCACCCUCGUUUCAUCUUCAUCAUCCUGGUAGGUGGCAGCACUUUUUUAUUAGUUCCUCGCCACAUUUUCGCAUUCAUCCUUCCUUCGGUCAUAUGAAGCGUGCCAGUGCCGUAUGCUGAAAUAAACCCCCACACCAUUAUGUACCCACCUCUAAACUCACUGUUGGAAUGGUGUUUUAGGGGUGAUAUGCAGCGCAUUUUGACCUCCAAACAUGGUGUGUGUAUUCUGGAAUCUAAAGAGUUCAAUUUUGGUCUCACUUGACCAGAGACUCUAUUCUCAUUAUUACACAUAACAAUUAAUGGACAUCUGUUGAGAAUUUCAAAUAGGAUCUUUGGAAAUAUAUUUACUUAGGAAACAUUAAACACACAUACACACAUAACAUGAAGAUCUGCCUAAUAUUGUGUUUGCUUUUGCUACUACAGCCCUAAACCUUUAAGAUAUGUAUUCAGUUAGACACCACCGGAAGGUCUGCUGUGGCAUCUUGCACCAGGAAGUUAACAACAGAUCCUUUAAGUCUUCUAAGUUGUGAGGUGGGGCUUCCAUCGAUCAGACAUGUUUGUACAGCACAUUUCCUUCCCACAGAUGUUUGAUUGGGUUGAGAUCUGGCGAAGUUUGAAUGUCAAGUCAACACCUCAAACCGUUCCUGAACAGUAUUUGCUCUCUGGCAGGGUACAUUAUCCUGCUGAAAGAGGCCACGGCCAUCAGUGAAUACAGUUUCGAUGAAAGGGUGUACAUGUUCUGCAACAAUGGUUAGGUAAGUGGUAUUUGUCAAAGUAACAUCCACAUGGACGACAGGAUCCUUGGUUUCCAAGUCGUACAUUGCCCAAAGCAUCACACUGCCCCCACCAGCUUGCCCUCUUCCCAUAAUGCAUCUUGGUGCCAGGUGUUCCCCAGGUAAGCGACGCACAUAAAGAAAACCUGCUCCGUGGUCCAGUUGUGAUGCUCACAUGCUCAUUGUUGUUGCUUUCAGUGGUGAUCAGGGGUCAGCAUGGACCGCCUGGCUGUUCUGUGGCUGUGCAGCCUCAUACGCAACAAACUGUGAUGCAUUGUGUAUUCUGACUUUUGUCGCGGUUCGAAUUUUGAGGAAGAGACAUACGACUGAAAGUCCAUAGUGGGUCAACACAAAUUAUUUUAUUAAAACACAUAUGUGGUGAAGAUAGGCUCUGCAAAACAUCAGGCUCCAUCUUUCCCUUACAAUAGGUGGGUGUAAUAUUUAUACUUAUGAUGACAAGUACCUCGCGUCACUAAAACAGAACAGUUCCUCUUUCAGUUCCUCCAGAUGCAUCCUGUUAUUCUACUUGUCCAGACUUAAUCCUUGUGUUGUCCACGGUUCAUUUUUGUCCUCUAAAGAAAUCUUUUGCUAUCAAAAAUGUGUUUUUUAUUCAUCAAAUGGUUUGAAAAUAACAGAAGUUAUUCAUUACUAUACUAUGAAUGAUUGGAAUAAGUUUUAAGUAAUUUGAUUUAUUUAUGGGGUUUUUAUUGGAUUUUAUAACACUUGUGGUCCUCGUGGAAAAAAAUGACCCCAAAGUACAAAGUGUUGCAAAGAGCCGUAUUUUCACAACAUACUGCUUUCAUACAUCUUUGAUCUUGGAUCACUGAUGUGUGGGGUCAAGCACUGGUCAUAACAACCACAACAACAACAACAACAGGCAGCACAAUGAGAAGGCAGGUGCUCUAUAUUCAAUGAAAUGUUAUUUAUACAGCGCCAAAUCACAACAACAGCCGCAUCAAAGUGUUUCAUAUUGUAAGGUCGACCCUACAAUAAUACAUACACAGAAAGUAUCCUCAAAAGCCUCCAUUGCACUGGAGAUUUGCAUACUUUGAUGAGCAUACUUUUUUUUUUACCAUGUUGUGCAAAGCAAAUACCAGUAGGACAAAGCACAUACUGUCCUCUAGUAUAAUGAGGAGGAAGAAUCAAUGUUCAGGAAGAUCCAGGUUUAGAAGCUAUAGAAAAUAUUGUCAAUAUUUAGAGCACAUGCUACCAUUUCUCUGAAAAAGCACAUCAGCCACCUGCAGAAGUGGAAGAAGGCUAUGAAGUGAAGAAAAGUGAUGAAGAAUCUGAACUAUGUUCAAGUAGGUUCUCAGGCAUCCAGGACAAGGUAGUCUGAGGAGCUUGGAAAGAAAGUGACUGGGCUUCUUGAAGUUUCUUGAAUUUUCAGAAUGUGAAACUGAAAUAGAAGAUGUGUCAGAGGACUACACAUCAUCCAUUUCAAUUAUGAUGAAGACAAAGAAUCAAGCAAGAAAGAGGAGUCAGCUGAGACAGAGGAAUAUUUGCAGUAACGUGAGGAAACACUGAUCUGGUCUUCUAACCUUCCCAGUGACAGACGAUGCAUCACUCUCUCAUGUGCCUCAGAGAAAGAUCUACCACAGUCCAAGCACAGAUGCCAGGUCCCAUACUCCUUCAGUGGCUUUUCUACUUGAGUACUGAAAGCAUUAUACACAGUGCAUUCUGCUUGUAUUCUGCUUUUUAACGUUCACAUGCCAAUGGAUGCAUCAGAGACCAAGUUGGGGUUCAGUAACUUGCCCAAGGACACCUUGGUAAGAACUCCAGACUAGAGCACACAGAGAUUGAACCAACAACCAUCCAAUUAGCAGAUGACCUGCUCUACAGCCAACUCAAUGACGAGCAAGGAGGGACAACGAGAGAGGAAGAAAAAUGGAUCGAAUGCAGCUGUAGGCAUAUGUGGGUGUGUUGAUUCUUACUGCCGUGCAUCCAGUAGAGUCGCUACGGCCAGUUUAUGGCAUCCUGAGUCUGGUAGAGAAGUUUUCAUGCUGACACAAGAUUAAUCAUAGAAGCAAAAAAAGGACAUCAUUUCUUGAUAAAGACACAGUAGAUAAUCAUCGUUCAUGACACAAACGUGCUACCAUUUGAGGUGUAUGGUGUGUGUUGGUGUUGACUUGACUUGAAACACAAGU